UUCACGGGACAUCUCUGAAAUUAUCUUCUUCUGCCCUUUACCUGAUCAUGUUAUGAAAAAAGCUAAUUCAACAAAGAUGAGAAGUUCUUGAAUAUGGAGCUGUCAUCUGGUUAAUACAUGAAAUCCCAGCAGCUCUUUUCUGUAUUUUUCUGUAGAACCAAUGUUCCUAAACCAGUUCAUGCACUUUCUAAAAUCAAAUCACACGUUCAGAAGGAAAGUUUCUUUUGAUUCUGUGUUUUGACCCUUCUUUCUUUGUCAAUUCUACGUACUAGAGAAAGAUUUGUUUAUAUAUUCAAUGGCUACCUCGUGUUUCAAUCCGUUUCGGCUGCGCAGGUCGAAGAGCAAAUCUUUAUCAAUUCCUUCUACUUCAAGAACGCAGUUAAGCAAUGAUGCAGAUAAUAUGGAGAGGAAGAGAUAUGACAGUUUGGAAUCUUGGUCAAUGAUAUUGGAUUCUGAGAAUUUUGAGACUUGGGAAGCAUCUGAAGAUCAAGAGGAAUGGACGGCUGAUCUUUCUCAGUUAUUUAUAGGCAAUAGGUUUGCUUCUGGUGCACAUAGUAGAAUUUACAGAGGAAUUUAUAAGCAGAGAGCAGUUGCUGUAAAAAUGGUGAGAAUUCCAACUCAUAAUGAAGAAACUAGAACUUUACUUGAACAACAAUUCAAGUCGGAAGUUGCCCUUCUUUCGCGUCUUUAUCAUCCCAAUAUAGUGCAGUUUAUUGCUGCUCGUAAAAAGCCUCCUGUAUACUGUAUCAUUACUGAAUACAUGUCACAGGGGACUCUAAGGAUGUAUCUCAACAAAAAAGAGCCAUACUCACUUUCAACCGAGACAAUUCUUAGGUUAGCCCUCGAUAUAUCACGAGGAAUGGAGUAUCUUCAUUCACAAGGGGUGAUACACAGAGACCUCAAAUCAAACAACUUGCUAUUAAACGACGAGAUGAGGGUUAAGGUUGCAGAUUUUGGCACGUCUUGUCUAGAAACUCAAUGCAGGGAAGCCAAAGGAAACAUGGGAACUUACCGUUGGAUGGCACCAGAGAUGAUCAAGGAGAAACUUUAUACUCGGAAAGUUGACGUGUAUAGUUUUGGGAUCGUCCUAUGGGAGCUCACGACAGCCUUGCUUCCUUUUCAAGGAAUGACUCCUGUGCAAGCUGGUUUUGCUGUGGCCGAGAAGAAUGAGCGACCGCCAUUGGCAACAAGUUGUCAACCUGCGCUCGCACACCUUAUCAAGCACUGCUGGGCAGCAAACCCGUCUAAGCGUCCUGAUUUCAGUGACAUUGUAUCUGCUCUGGAAAAGUACGAUGAGUGUGUAAAAGAGGGUCUCCCACUUACUCUUCACUCAGGGUUAGCAAGUCGAAACACCAUUCUUGAAUGCUUAAAAGGCUGUGUAUCCAUGAAUUCAUCUAUACCUGUACAUACCUGACUCUUUGGACAGGCAUUCACAUUUGUAUCUCCCUGUUAAUUUGGCUUUUACCAAAGUUGAUAGAUUGGUUUGUACUUUUUGACUUUAUAAUCAGCAUCAAUAGCUGUUGAAUGGUGGCAGGGCCGGUCCUGUAAUCAUGGGGUUCGAGACGAACUCCAUAAAUUGGCCCCCAAAAUCAACGUAAAUCAAGAUCCAACGAU